CUCAUCCAUCCCUCUUGACCGAUCUCAUCAUCAUGUGCUCUUAUAAAUCCGAUUCCUUCCAUACUGUCCCGUGUGGAUCAGCUGAAUUCAAUCUUCCUCGUUUCUUCCUGCAUUUGCACUUCGAAUUCAUCUUCAUGUGACUUCGAAUCGUUCGUUCACAAUCAACAAGCGUCGAUCACAUUUGGCAGAGGAGGGCCAGAGAACGUGAUUUUCAUUCAACAGAUUAUACGUCGGAGUGCUCCAGCUGGAAGGGACCAUGGAACCGGCUGAUACAUCCGUGGAUCAACUGCCUCUGAAGUCGUUGUUGUUUCCUGGCGGUGAUAAGGAUCUCGUGAACACGGACGGGGUGAAGGUAACAAGCGAUGAGAUCGAAGGCAAGAUUUUAGGAAUCUUCGUCGGGCCUGCAUGGUGGAAGUCGCUGCUGAAAGAUAGACUUCUACCCUCGUUCGCCGAUGUCAUCGAGGAGAUAUGUGAUCAGGGGAAGGAAUUGCAGAUGGUUUUUGUUCCGACCCCCCUAAGCGCCGACUUGAUCCAUGAAUUGCAGGCGAGUAAUCGAGCACACGAAAUUGAAUCGGGACCCGAAGAGGAAUCGUUCUCCAGUUUCAUCAAGUCCUUACCGGCAAGAUGGCGUGCAGUUCCUCCCAGCAAUGUCGAAGCCGUCCAGGCGUUGAGAGCAGCCAGCAAGACUGACUCACAGGUCACAGGGCUGGCCUUCGUGGCAGCGGAUGGGCAGGUCAUCACCACAUCGGGCAUGGACAUUCUGAUAGAGUGGGGUGCAGAUUCAUAUCCGUUCACCAAAGAACACCUCGAGGAUCUGGAUAGACCAUUCGCAGAGCUGAAGAAAAAUCCCACUCUCAAGGGUCUGCUGGAGAGAGAUGGCCGUGAUUAUCUCGUCAAGAACGAUGGAACCCAAGUCAAGGUCUCGAGUCUAGAAGGACCCAUCGCCCUCUACUUCUCUGCACAUUGGUGCGGACCUUGCCGGAAGUUCACUCCGGAUCUGAUCGAGUGUUACAACCAGCUCAAAUCCGAGGGUAAGCCUUUCGAGAUCGUCUUCGUUUCGUGGGAUGUUAAUGAGCAGGCUUUCGAUGAGUAUUUCGCGACCAUGCCUUGGCUCUCACUCCCUUAUUCGGACAAGAAGGCGAACCAAGCGCUGUACAAGGUGUACGAUGUUCAAGGGGUGCCGAGUCUCGUGAUCCUCGAUUCCGACGCGCAGAUCAUCCAGGAGGAUGCUGUGACUGUCAUCAGCGCGUUCGACAGCCGCGCGUACCCAUUCACGGACGAGAAAGUGGAAGAGAUGACGCAGAUUCUGGAAGCCGAGAAGGAAGCUCAGAGGGCCAGUCAGAGUCUGGAGUCUCUGCUGGUGACGGCAGAGCGGGAUUUCGUCGUCGAUCACGACUCCAAGGAAGUGAAGGUGAGCUCUUUGGUAGGAAAGACAGUGGGGCUGUAUUUCUCGGCCCACUGGUGUCCUCCGUGCAGAGGAUUCACUCCCAAGCUAAUCGCGGUUUACGAACAGCUGAAGCAACAAGGGAAGCCUUUUGAGAUCAUCUUCAUAUCGAGCGACAGAGAUGAGGAAGCAUUCAACAAAUAUUAUGGAAGCAUGCCGUGGCUGGCGUUGCCCUACAGCGACAGGCAGCCGAAGAGGACCACCAAACAGAAGCUCUCCGAGUACUUUGAUGUGAAAGGGAUCCCAACUCUUGUGAUCUUGGGUCCCGAUGGGAAGACCUUGAAUAAGGAAGGGCGAAAAGCGAUCGAGACCUUCGGUGCCGAGGGCUUCCCGUUCGCCAAGGAGAAGGAAAUUGAACUGAACAAGGCCGUGGAUGACGAAAUGGAGAAACGCCAGCAGACGGUCACAAUUCCCCAGCAUCCUCAUAUUCUGACGCUGUCGAAGGUUCCAUAUCCACGCGGGUCGUACACGUGUGAUCUUUGCAGUCUCGAUGUCAACCGAUGGGCUUACCGGUGUGCAGAAUGUGGCUUCGACGUGGAUGUGGCAUGUAUUGACAAAGAGCUUCAGAAACAAGCUGCACAAGAGAAAGAAGAGCCAGGGGUUUCGGAGGAGGAAGCUGCAGGGACAGAGGAUUCUGAGACUACCAGAGCCGCCGAGGCCGAGGUGAAAGAAGGAUGGGUUUGUGAUGGCGAUGUCUGCCACAAGGCAUAAUUGACUGCGUCCCUUUCAGAUCGGAGCCUUGAAUAGUGACAAGUGGUUCAUAGAGUGCAUAUUUUCAUACGCGAUAACUCUUAUUACCGGAGUAGCUGCUACUGAUUCUAUCUUUGACAGUCAUCGAGAAGUCCCCGCUGUUUAGUAGCUGAGUAGAUCCUCAUUCCCAUCUACAACAGUCAAAAUUUGACGAACGCCUGGACAUCUGCUGCAAAUGUAGAGAAUGAAUGGCUGAGCAUGCAAUCUGCAAUUUCUGGCUUGCUUGUAAGAUGAUUCCACCAUAGUGUAUAUACGAAAUCCAGAAGAAAUAUGUGUUGUUUGCUU